ACUGCCGCCAUCACCAGCACCAGCACCACCCCACCCUGUCUAUAUACGCUAUACCAGUACCACCCACCACGGCCUCUACCAUCAUCAUCACCACCGACCGCCACCACCUCUAUACCACCACCACCGGCCACCACACCAUCACCACCACCACCCCACCACCACACCACCACCACCACCACCCCACCACCACCACCCCACCGACCACCACCAUGUCUAUAUAUAUACGCUAUAUACCACCACACCGCCUCUACCAUCAUCACCACCGCGACCACCUCCACACCACCACCAGCACCACCACCACCCACCACAGCCUCUACCGCAUCCACCGAACCUCACUACCACACAAAAAUGCCGGGCAAAAAUGGCAGCAACGUUGACUGCAUUGCCUUUUCAUUUUUUUUAAUUUUUUAAUUUUUAAUUUUUAUUCUUAUGUUCGGUACCGGUACCGGAAGUAGAUCAACUUGAAACUCAACGCGGGAAAUCUAACAAGCGCGAAGAUCGCAGACAGUGUCAUCUUUGCAGCAGCUCACGGGGCCGGGCUGCGCUGGCCUAGCGCCUAGUGUGCACUGUACGCUGGUCCGCUGAAUCGAUCGUAUUCGCCGAUGCUUGAUAGUGAUACGUAUUCAGUCUACCUGUUCAGUUUUGCAGGGGUUGUAAUUUUAGCUCGAAAUUUUUGGUAUUAAUUCGUCUUUGUUUGCUGUAUUCACUGGCAUACUCCGCAGACUACUGGAGUUAAAUUAAGAAGUUGCCCUUGGCUUGACUGAAUUGAGAUUAAACUCGUGGCUCGUGCUGCAAAUAUUUGAACCUGUUCUACUACCUACGGGAGAUCGAUACUAGUAUUUAGUAAUUACUAGGCCUGCCCUAAGUCAUCCUUCAAGUUCAACUCAACUCUCUCUCUCUCUAUAAUUGUAGUGAGAUCUUGGCCAAAUUUUAAGUUGAACUUUGAAUCUGUGAAACAGUCAAAAUUUUAAUUCAUAGACUCAAGUAACUUGGUCUCGAUAGUCCAUCAUGGCUUCUGUCAGUGUCAGUGAAGAUGACCUCUCUGAACAGUUUGAAACGUUUGGAGUAACGUUGGACACCAAUGAUCCUGACAUUGUUGACAAGUUGAAAGAAUUAUGUUUAUUAUACCGCCUGACAGCAGAGGAUGCAGUGGCCGAGUGGAUUGCAUUUUCUACAACUCACAGUGGACUGGCAAUUAACAUCGAUACACUAGAGCAACUUGAGAGAGAGGCACUGACCAAAAAGAGCUCUAAAGUCAAGACCCCUUCAAGCCAGAAGCAAGCUGCCAGGAAAACAUCAUUCUCAAUGCUUGAUGAUGAUGAUGAGUCUGAUGAUUUGCUUGAUGCAUAUACCCCUGGCCCAAAGGCAAGACAGAAGAGAGUUAUGGCAACACCAGACAGCAUUGCAAAUAAGAGAACGCCUCUGAGAGAGAAGAAUAUCAAGAAAGAAGAUGACAUUACAUCGACCGGCAGUUCACCCUCAUUGUCUGCCACUCCUUCUCAGAAGUACAGCAGUCGUAGCAAGUCAGGCGAGGUGGUCGCCAGCUUCGGACCGGUCACUUCGGUCAUCUGGGAGGGGUCCAACUUGACCAAAUGCUGCAUCUCUCGAGGUCGAGACAACCAAUGUAUUAAGAAGUCUGACAAGUACAAGUAUAUGAUGCAGAAGAUGAAGAAGAAAGCUGAUGUUCUGAAUGAAAUGAUUGAAGACAUGUCAAAAACCCUUCAGGAGAAACAUAAUAUUGAGAGUGUAUCCCACUUGGCAUUGCCCAUACAGGAAUCAGAAACAGUUGUGGGUAGGAUCUGCUGUGACAGCAAUGGCCGUCUCAACGCUCAGUCCGUCAUGAUGGAGGGAUCUGUAGAGUCGUCUGCUGGUAAACAGGUCGCUGUCAGUCUUGCAGAGGUCAAGGAGUAUUCCCUGUUUCCGGGUCAGGUCGUUGCCAUGGACGGGGUCAACAGUGCUGGGGUCAAGUUUGUGGCUUCCAAGAUAUAUCCGGGUGUGAGGGGUGACUUUGAAUCAACAGACUUCCCUGAAGCUACAGGAAACCUUCAUCUAUUGCUUGCUGCGGGUCCGUUCAGUACCUCUGAUAACCUCAGCUUAGAACCCUUGGAAGAUCUUAUCAAGGUUAUCAAGAAGACCAGACCAGAUGCUUGCAUUUUGCUUGGGCCUUUUGUUGAUGUUGAACACAGCCAAAUCAAGGAUGGAUCACUUGGUGAGAGUUAUGACAAGGUCUUCAAUGAUAUCAUACAGGCAACCAUUAGGAAAACAGAAAAUGUUGGUUGUGAACUGAUCUUCCAGCCAUCUUUGAGAGAUGCUCAUCAUCACUUCAUCUAUCCUCAACCACCUUACAAUGACAUCAAGAACCAACCAAAGAGAGUGCAUUUUGUGGCUGAGCCAGAGAUGAUUAAUAUCAACGGAAUCAAUAUAGCAUCUACCUCAACAGACAUCGUAUUCCAUCUCAGUCGAGAAGAGAUCUCAUGUCCUCCUGGUUCAUCCGACCGUCUGGGCCGUCUCGUUCGUCACAUCCUCAGCCAACAGAACUUCUACCCUCUAUACCCGCCGUCCGAGGAGAUUCCGAUAGACUACGAAAAAUUCUCCCAGUACGGAAAGAUGGGGUGCGCUCCACACAUCUUCAUCUGCCCGUCUCGGUUGCGCUACUUUGUGAAGGAAAUUGAAGGUGCUGUGUGCAUCAAUCCUGGCCUGUUGACCAGCGGUCAAGUCGGCGGGACUUAUGCUAGACUAGUGAUAAAAGAUACUGGUCCAAAGAAUGAUGAGGCGAACGAUAACAAAGCCGGGAAGAGGACUGCAGUGGAAAUUGUCAGAAUAUGAAGUGGCAGCAGGUUACUUUUUAUUUCCAUACAAAUAAUUUAUGAGGGAACUCAGUAUGACAAGAUAUUUAUAUUUCAGACCAUUGAAUCAUAUGUUUAAGCAAAAAUUUAAUUUUUGUCUCUCCUGCAUAGCAGAGUGAGACUAUAGGCGCCGCUUUUCCGACGGCGGCGGCGGCAACGUCAACACCAAAUCUUAAUCGAAGGUUAAGUUUUUGAAAUGACAGCAUAACUUAGAAAGUAUAUGGACCUAGUUCAUGAAACUUGGCCAUAAGGUUAAUCAAGUAUUACUGAACAUCCUGCCUGAGUUUCAUGUCACAUGACCAAGGUCAUUUAGGGUCCAUGAACUUAGACCAUGUUGGGGGAAUCAACAUCAAAAUCUUAACCUAAGGUUAAGUUUUUGAAAUGUCAUCAUAACUUAGAAAAUAUAUUGACCUAGUUCAUGAAACUUGGACAUAAGGUUAAACACGUAUCACUGAACAUCCUGAAUGAGUUUCACGUCACAUGACCAAGGUCAAAGGUCAUUUAGGGUCGAUGAACUUUGGCCGAAUGGGGGUAUCUGUUGAAUUACCAUCAUAAAUUUGAAAGUUUAUGGAUCUGAUUCAUGAAACUUGGACAUAAUAGUAAUCAAGUAUCACUGAACAUCCUGUGCAAGUUUCAGGUCACAUGAUUAAGGUCAAAGGUCAUUUAGGGUCAAUGAACUUUGGCCAAAUUGGGGGUAUUUGUUGAAUUACCAUCAUAACUUUGAAAGUAUAUUGGUCUAGUUCAUAAAACUUGGACAUAAGAGUAAUCAAGUAUCACUGAACAUCCUAUGCGCAUUUCAGGUCACAUGACCAAGGUCAAAGAACUUUGGCCAUGUUGGGGGUAUUUGUUGAAUUACCAUCAUAUCUCUGUAAGUGUAUUGGUCUAGUUCAUAAAACGUGGACAUAAAAGUAACCAAGUAUCACUGAACAUCUUGCGCGAGUUACAGUAGUUUUCAAAGUCAGCACUGCUGCUAUAUUGAAUCGCGUGAUGCAGGUGAGACCGCCAGAGGCAUUCCACUUGUUUGUGAUUUUGGAUAGAAAAGAGAUGCAAAAAGAUAUUAUUUGACAUAAUGGGUACCCGUUCGGAUGUGAAAGCCUAUGUAAUAUACCUAGCAAUCAAGUAAUAAUAAUUGCAAUAUGAAGCGCUUAGAAACAUUGUAAUAAGCGUUAUAUAAAUGUAACUAUUAUUAUAUAUUAUGAUUUGAUAAAGAUACUGUCAUUCUUUGCUAAAACAUCAGAAAUAUGGUCACCUCCUUUGGCAUUUCAUAAUCCAGUCAUUGGUAAAUUACGAAAAGCUAUUCAUGGAAUGGUACCUUGUUAUUUCCCGACAUUGCUGUAUCAGUGUCCCAUUUGAUAUACCAAUAAACAAAUAAUACAGCAAGUGCAUUAGUAAGGAUUAUGUAGAAGGUAACUUUUUUAACAGAUCUAACAUGCCUGAAGCAUAGCUGAGGAUGUGUAGACUGUUCAAGUGUAAGAAGUGCAUGCAAUCAUUUUAAUACCUUGAGCAAAGUGAUGUGUAUGCAUUAUAAGAUAAUGAUAUGGAUCCUUGUUAGUUGAUACAUCAUACUCGUCUCAAAACCGUGACCGGUUAAUACAACUGGUCAUUAGUAUCAGUUAUUAGCAAUUAUUUCUGUUAUCUAAAAUUAAUGACUGGACACUUUAUAGGUUUAAACCAAUCAUUUGAUAAGAAUCCAUAUCUCUGUUUUUUUAAUAUACAAAUUAUGCACAUCCGCUAAGGCAUUAUUAAGAAUUACAGGCUCGAGGGAUCUUUGGAUCAGUAGUUUUGGUAAGCAAUUUUUACCAAGAUAGUUACCACUGAUGUAGCUGUUAACUAAUGCUAAAAUAUGGGUUAUAAAAAGUGAAAAACAUCUUACGUGUUCAUGUACGUAUACUUUAAAUGUAAGGGGAGGGGAAUGAUGUGAUAAAGCAAUACAGGUUUCAGAGUUCAAAACAGCAUGUUUGAAUUUGUUUUUGUUGACUAACUGACCCAUAACCAGGUGGGUGUUUCAUAAAGCUGUUCGUAAAGUUACGCAUAACUUUACGCACGAUUGGAACAUAUUCUUAGGUCAUAAAUCAAUUAUAUAGGGAUAUCACAUAGCACAAGAAAGGAUCGCCAGUCAUGCGUUAACUCUUACGAACAGCUUUAUGAAACACCCACUGGGUCUAUUAAAGGUUUGCAAUUUUUUUACUGCAUUUAAUCUGUUUCUCAUCUGUUUGAUUAAGAAAAAAUGAAAUUGUUAAUCUUUUGAAUCAAAAUUCAUGAGAAUGCAUCAAAUGUCCAUAAUAAUUUUGAUUCAUUAUUCAUUGUAAUGGAAGUCUAAUUUGUAAUUUUGUAUGAAAAUAAGAAAGUUAUAAGCCUUCUUAUUUUUAAUCCUGUAGUCAGUGGAAGACAAUGGGAGUAUUUGUUGCAUAUAUUGUUUAGCAAAACUGUCAUGAGUGUACAUUAAUAAAAUCUUUUUAUAUAUCAAGUGAA